CAGGCUGGUUGUUUGGUGUCUGGCAGACGGAGCCGCGUCAGCUGUGGAGGGAACUGUCUCUCUUUGCGGUCCUGGUUCACAAUAAAGACCAGAAAAAAGGCAGAGGAUACUCUGCAACAGGACGGGUGAUGGACAACAGUAAACGGACGGUGGUCGUUACAGGUUUUGGGCCAUUUGGAGAGCACACCGUCAACGCCAGCUGGAUAGCAGUACAGGAACUGAAGAAGCUCGGACUGGGCAGUGAAGUGGACCUGCAUGUGUCCGAGGUUCCUGUAGAGUACCAGACAGUCCAGAGUUUGGUUCCUUCAUUAUGGAAGAAGCAUCAUCCACAGUUGGUGGUUCAUGUUGGAGUCUCAGGUAUGGCCACCACUGUCACGUUGGAGAAGUGUGGCAGAAAUCACGGCUACAAGGGCCUGGACAACAGCAGCUUCUGUCCUGAUUCACAGUGUUGCAUUGUGGGAGGCCCCGACUGUAUCAACUCAGUCAUUGACAUGGAAUCAGUCUGUAAGAGAGUGACCUCCUCAGGGCUGGGAGUAGCUGUGUCUGUCUCCAAAGAUGCUGGAAGGUAUCUGUGUGAUUUCACCUACUACACGUCUCUGCACCUGAGCCAUGGUCGCUCUGCCUUCGUUCAUGUGCCUCCUCUGGGAAAGCCUUACAGCGGGGAAGACCUGGGCCGGGCGCUGCAGGCCAUCAUCCAGGAGAUGCUGGAGCUUAUAGACCAGGCCGAAGAGAAAAUCCACUGCCAGCAGCAACACUUCCACUAAGUGACCUCCAGAUGCCAACCAGCCUCUCCAACCCUCACUACAAAAGAGAAAUUGCACUUAACCACAAGUAGCCAAACUUCUUCUCUUUUUAUUUUUGUCUUUACUUGGAUAGAAUGAAAACUUCAGUUUAUCUCCAGCAUUUGUCUCUCUUUGUCUUCAUGUUUUUCUAGCCCUGACUCAGUUGUGUUUUUAUGUCUCCCGAUGGUGAGAAGAUAUAAUGGGAGUCUCAAGCCUAAC